UCGUUUUUCGAUACCCAGCAGCUGCUUGCUUAAUUUUUGUCUACCUGGUUUUUGUUUAAAUGUGUGAAUUUUAGACUUAAUAAAGCCUAAACCGCCGUGCAUAAUGCACGGUCGUAAAAAAAAGUAAAUAAUAUACACCAGCUGACCGUUAUUUCACCCUGAGCUGACUGGCGCACAUUGCCUAGACAAACAAUAACAAAGCACGGCGCUGACUAAGGGCGAAAGUGAUUGCAACAAAGUCCAAUCACUAUCUCUCGCAGCUUCCCAUGGACACCGACACCAGCGCGGUGAUGCCGCAGGCGGGCGCACGCCACAUGCCGCCCGAGGAACUGGCCAUGCAGGCCCUUACCAAGCAGCUGUACAAAUCCCGUCUCUUCCGGGGUCACUACCUGGAAAGGUGUUUUGUGGAGCAGGUUGGUGGCUACAGGGACGUGGUGGUCCUUCAGCGCAGUGAAAGGGAGCUGGAGAAGCUGCUGCACUCCACGGCCGGCCAGCUGCAGAAAUUCUAUCCGUUCGUGCCCAACAUGUGGGUGGGCAUCACUUGCGGCAGCUAUGGCAGCUAUAAGCCACCGCAUCCAGGUCAGCUGGAGACUUGCAUCUGGACGGAGACCAGCGACCUGGCUUUCGGAGAGUACUGGUUUAGCAUUAGGUCACUGCGGUUUCGGGACCAUGAAGUUCAGUUUAAGCUGAAAAUGGUGCGACCCGUGGAGCCAGAGCCACUGCUAACACCACGAAGAUCGGUGUCCGUUAACAGGAGGAGCCCCGUCAAGGCUAUCAAGGCUGCGGGUGAGGGCGACUCCACCACGACGGACGAGGUGGCGGAGCAGCUGCAACUGGGUCUUAACGAUUUCCUGGUCGUGCUGCAGCAAUGGGGCGAUGGAGUCAAGCAGACUGUGUACGACUUCAUGGCCAACGAUGUGAACAAGCGGAACAAUGGGACCAUUCGUUUUCUGGGCCUGCUCAUCUUCUCUGCCUUGGGUGGAGCCGCGCUGGCCCUACGAUCUGGCGUCUUUGCUGUGCGCUUCCUGUUCGAGCUGAGCCGAUUCACACACACCGCCACUCCGAUAGUCUUCAAGCUAAUCGAGUUUCUGAACAAGAUUGUGGGGGUUCUUAUACUCCUCACCAUGAUCUGGAAAGACAUUGUCAAUCGUGGCCAGCCGGUGGCGGUACCGAAGCAGCAGCUGGAGGCGAGCAGCCGCUUCAAGAGCAUCCAAUACGAACGUUCCGAGCCCCACCGACGGAGUCCGCGCUGGUGACCCUCCGUCAAGGGCAAAUUUGUCUAGCAAAUGGAGUGUAAUUAGUCCAGGGUGGAAGGGCAUCGUAUAAUCAUUGAAAUUGUGUUACUAGCCGUAAGCCAACCGAAGCCAAUCCCAAACCCCGCUUCGCGUUUGAAGGUAUUUGCUCCGCAAAUAUGGGGGCGCCUAUGAGAUUUCCCGAUUUUAACCAAAUGCAAUAUUGUAAAUUAUUUAAUUGGCCUGCCAAGUGGCACACACAAUCGCAUGCUUAUUAACUCGCACUGUUAAUCCAUCGUGUAUUGUUCAAAAAUGUGUUUUACUCAAUCCGUUUUAGUGUUAGGUCCUGUAAUUUAUGUAUCGAAAAAUUAUUGUGAAUAAAUUGAAUGCAAUAUGCGAAAAUCGAAAUGAAA